CGCGGAGACCGCCGCUCGCUCGACCCCUCAUUGUCCUGGAGCGAGACGCCUGGAUUCCCACCCCUCCCCCAGGGCAAGUUGCUCGGAGAUGGCAUUUGGGGUUGGAUUGCAUUGACUCAGAAGAGCAAUGAAGCCCAAGCAGUCCCAAUGGUUGCCUGAACUCCAGGUAUUCCACAGAUUUCUGGCUUCCACUCUAAGCAGUUUACCAGUGGUCAUUCCACCCCUGUUCGUGCCCAGAUUUCGCCUAUAGCAGGCAGGAUAAGUAUGAUGCCUCUGGGGGCAUUCCUUCUCCCUGUUCUGUGCUUCCUGGGGCCAGCAAUUUCACAGGAACGACAGUAUGCCACCUUUUCACACAAUGCCACCAAAUUUAUUCACUUGAUUAUGGAUCCUGAUUCAGGGACUCUGUAUCUGGGGGCUACAAAUUUCCUUUUUCAGCUGACCCCGGACCUGGUGGUGGAAGAAGCAGUUUCCAUGGGUCCAAUCUUGGACAGCAAGGACUGUCUUCCUCCUGUUUUCAAGCAGGACUGUCCCCAAGCUCAGGAGACAGACAACUACAACAAACUCCUGCUGAUCAACUCGCUGGAGAAGGAACUCAUUGUUUGUGGCAGUGUGUGGCAGGGAAUCUGUGAGAAGAGGAGUCUUGGCUUCAUUAAACAUGUCCUCUUCCAACCCCGGACACCAGGAGACACUCAAUAUGUGGUAGCAAAUGACCCCAAUAUUUCCACCGUGGGGCUGGUAGGAUACUCCAAAGAAAAUGUGCCACUUCUGUUUGUUGGCCGAGGAUAUACUAGUAGGGGCGUCGGAGGUAGCAUUCCCCCCAUUACAACUCGCAAUCUCAGGGCCCAUCCAGGAGAGGUGUCAGGGCCGGACUCCCACUCCAUCUUUUCCUAUGAGGAAACAGCAAAGCUGGCUGUGGGUCGACUCUCAGAAUAUAGCCACCAUUUUAUCAAAUCUUUCACUCAUGGUUCCAGUGUCUACUUCCUGUUCUACCGGCGUGAUCUCAAGUCUCAGUCCCGUGAGUACAAGACCUACAUUUCUAGAAUCUGUCUGGACGACUCCCACUAUUACUCCUAUGUGGAGCUGCCCAUGAUCUGCCGGAACCAAGAGAAGACCUACAGCCUCUUGCAGGCAGCCUAUGUUGCACAGGCAGGGGGAGAAGAAGAUGUUGGAGAUGCGCUUUUUGUGACCUUUUCUGCGUGGCAGGCUUCUUUGGGGAAGCUGAGUGAAGAAUCUGCACUCUGUGUUUAUCCAAUGGAGGAAGUAGACCACUUCAUAACUCAGACCAGGGACCUUUGUUAUACCAAGGACGGGAAAACGGACGAUGGCAGGGAGGUGGCCUAUAUAGAAUACGAUGUCAGCUCUAGCUGCGUCCAGCUCUCAGCGUCUUGCAGAGACCCGUGGGGAUUGGCCUACAGCUCAUGGAGGUUGCUGCCUCUGCUCCUUUCCCCAUUUGCAGGGAAUGCUUUGGAAGAAAAUAGCUUUAGGGGCAAUGAUUGGCACCAAACUAGCACGAAGAAGACAGGGCUAUUAGUCUUCCUUUCUCCCACACCACAGUUUUAUGGUCUGGAUCAGAACACAGCACAGUGGCUUUAAAAAAAAAAAAAGAUGGUGAAUACAAUUUGCUGUUCAGUCUUUUUAACAGAAGUCUAAAUUAAGAAGUGGAAUAAUGUAGUUUGCAAAGGAGGCAGAGUUGACAUUCGAAGAGAAGAUUGGGCCUUUUGCGAUAUCCCUGGGAUCAACAGGACGUGCCCUAUCUAGUCGCCGUCUCUACAAGAAAAAAAUUAUACAAGAUUACUAUGGAAAAUUGUAC